AUGGCUUCCUAUGAAGAAGUAAAUGCGAUUUGCGAGUUCCUUCGAGCCAGAGUCAACAUUACACCUUUGGUGGGCAUAAUUUGUGGCUCGGGUUUGGGUCAAUUGGCCAACCGUAUCGUGAAGCCGAUUAUCGUUCCUUACAAAGACAUUCCUGGAUUUCCACACACCACUGUGGAGGGGCACAAGGGGAAUUUGGUGUUUGGUACGUUGGGUGGGAAGAAUGUGAUGGUGAUGCAGGGUCGAUUCCACACCUUUGAGGGAUACACGCAACAGCAGAUCACACUGCCAGUGAGGGUAAUGCGCUUAUUAGGAUGUGAGUACUUCAUUGCGACCAACGCUGCAGGUGGUCUGCAUCAGAACUACGACAUUGGAGACAUUAUGGUGGUGAAGGACCACAUCAGCAUACCUGCACUGGCUGGAAUCAGCCCACUUACCGGUCCCAACGAUGAGAGGUUCGGUCCUCGAUUUCCGGCGCUCUCGAACGUCUACGUAAAAGAUCUGCGCGACCUGACCAUGCACGUGGCAAAGAAGAUAGGUAUCGGGCAGCUGAUGCAUGAGGGUGUGUAUAUGUGUUGUUGUGGUCCUACCUACGAUACUCCAGCGGAAGCGAGAGCUCUGCGACUGCUAGGUGCUGAUGUUUUGGGAAUGAGCACCACAGCCGAAACAACCGUAGCACAUCACGCGGGAAUGCGUGUGCUCGCAAUCUCCCUCGUUACAAAUCGCAACAUCUUGGACAUCGAUCAGGUUGACAAGACGGACCACGAGGAGGUUCUAGAGAUGAGUCGUUGUCGCGGUGACACGAUAGCCACGUUGCUCACUCAUAUUAUAGCUGCUUUGUAA